GGGCGUAAACAUGUGGACUUAAACUCAGGAGCUCAGGGGUAAUUCAGUGAAAAAGGGGAAUGAGCGGUGGGGAGCUCUGUUGCAACAGGGUCCAAUCGCAGCAGGACUACAAAUGCCCGAGCGCAGGCUGGGAACGAGGGGACAGCGGCUGCCUGUCCCCAGAAUAGAAAAUGCAGCUAGGAAGCCCUCUUUGAGUGGACAGCGGAGGACUGGACUGCCAGGCCAAGCAUCAGGGGCUUCAUCCUCAGGGCCGGUUAGAGCCCCUGAGGAUUUAGGAGGAAGGUGAGGUGGGGACUGCCAUCAGAGCUAAGCUUUAGGCAGAUGUGUCUAGCAGUAGUGUGCAGGACUAUUUGCUCAAGGCGGGAGAAAUACCUAUUUAUUUAUGUAGCCCGAUGCGGUCUCUCCUUCCCGGAGGAACUCCCAAGCCCAGAAUCCCUGGCGUUACACAAUUUCCGGGGAACACAUUAACCAACUGCAACCUGGGUGCCAUGCAGGGAGGCCUCCAGCAGGUGGUGCUGUGGCCAAGGACACGGAAGCGCUGGGCUCUCACUGCUUCCCCAGCCUCCAGGAGAAGGUGCCUUAAACAGGUUCCCACGCAUUUCCUGGCGCUAUUGAGCUUGGAGCUGCCAAGGGCCUGCCUUCACUUGUGGCAUCGCGGUUACUGACUCUCCAGUGGGCCAGGCCCUACCUAGCUGGGACCUGAGGGUCAGGAUACGGGAAGAGGGCUACUGCCGCCCUGACUUGUAGGGAAACCAAUGAAAAGCGUGCUGGUGGUGGCUCUCCUUGUCAUUUUCCAGGUAUGCCUGUGUCAAGAUGAGGUCACGGACGAUUACAUCGGAGACAACACCACAGUGGACUACACUUUGUUCGAGUCUUUGUGCUCCAAGAAGGACGUGCGGAACUUUAAAGCCUGGUUCCUCCCUAUCAUGUACUCCAUCAUUUGUUUCGUGGGCCUACUGGGCAAUGGGCUGGUCGUGUUGACCUAUAUCUAUUUCAAGAGGCUCAAGACCAUGACCGAUACCUACCUGCUCAACCUGGCGGUGGCAGACAUCCUCUUCCUCCUGACCCUUCCCUUCUGGGCCUACAGCGCGGCCAAGUCCUGGGUCUUCGGUGUCCACUUUUGCAAGCUCAUCUUUGCCAUCUACAAGAUGAGCUUCUUCAGUGGCAUGCUCCUACUUCUUUGCAUCAGCAUUGACCGCUACGUGGCCAUCGUCCAGGCUGUCUCAGCUCACCGCCACCGUGCCCGCGUCCUCCUCAUCAGCAAGCUGUCCUGUGUGGGCAUCUGGAUACUAGCCACGGUGCUCUCCAUCCCAGAGCUCCUGUACAGUGACCUCCAGAGGAGCAGCAGUGAGCAAGCGAUGCGAUGCUCUCUCAUCACAGAGCAUGUGGAGGCCUUUAUCACUAUCCAGGUGGCCCAGAUGGUGAUCGGCUUUCUGGUCCCCCUGCUGGCCAUGAGCUUCUGUUACCUUGUCAUCAUCCGCACCCUGCUCCAGGCACGCAACUUUGAGCGCAACAAGGCCAUCAAGGUGAUCAUCGCUGUGGUCGUGGUCUUCAUAGUCUUCCAGCUGCCCUACAAUGGGGUGGUCCUGGCCCAGACGGUGGCCAACUUCAACAUCACCAGUAGCACCUGUGAGCUCAGUAAGCAGCUCAACAUCGCCUACGACGUCACCUACAGCCUGGCCUGCGUCCGCUGCUGCGUCAACCCUUUCUUGUACGCCUUCAUCGGCGUCAAGUUCCGCAACGAUCUCUUCAAGCUCUUCAAGGACCUGGGCUGCCUCAGCCAGGAGCAGCUCCGGCAGUGGUCUUCCUGUCGGCACAUCCGGCGCUCCUCCAUGAGUGUGGAGGCCGAGACCACCACCACCUUCUCCCCAUAGGCGACUCUUCUGCCUGGACUAGAGGGACCUCUCCCAGGGUCCCUGGGGUGGGGAUAGGGAGCAGAUGCAAUGACUCAGGACAUUCCCCCGCCAAAAGCUGCUCAGGGAGAAGCAGCUCUCCCCUCAGAGUGCAAGCCCCUGCUCCAGAAGAUAGCUUCACCCCAAUCCCAGCUACCUCAACCAAUGCCAAAAACAGACAGGGCUGAUAAGCUAACACCAGACAGACAACACUGGGAAACAGAGGCUAUUGUCCCCUAAACCAAAAACUGAAAGUGAAAGUCCAGAAACUGUUCCCACCUGCUGGAGUGAAGGGGCCAAGGAGGGUGAGUGCAAGGGGCGUGGGAGUGGCCUGAAGAGUCCUCUGAAUGAACCUUCUGGCCUCCCAUAGACUCAAAUGCUCAGACCAGCUCUUCCAAAAACCAGGCCUUAUCUCCAAGACCAGAGAUAGUGGGGAGACUUCUUGGCUUGGUGAGGAAAAGCGGACAUCAGCUGGUCAAACAAACUCUCUGAACCCCUCCCUCCAUCGUUUUCUUCACUGUCCUCCAAGCCAGCGGGAAUGGCAGCUGCCACGCCGCCCUAAAAGCACACUCAUCCCCUCACUUGCCGCGUCGCCCUCCCAGGCUCUCAACAGGGGAGAGUGUGGUGUUUCCUGCAGGCCAGGCCGGCUGCCUCCGCGUGAUCAAAGCCACACUCUGGGCUCCAGAGUGGGGAUGACAUGCACUCAGCUCUUGGCUCCACUGGCAUGGGAGGAGAGGACAAGGGAAAUGUCAGGGGCGGGGAGGGUGACAGUGGCCGCCCAAGGCCCACGAGCUUGUUCUUUGUUCUUUGUCACAAGGACUGAAAACCUCUCCUCAUGUUCUGCUUUCGAUUCGUUAAGAGAGCAACAUUUUACCCACACACAGAUAAAGUUUUCCCUUGAGGAAACAACAGCUUUAAAAGAAAAAGAAAAAAAAAGUCUUUGGUAAAUGGCAAA